GAGAGGAAAGAAACUGAAGAGUAAGAGAAAAAGAUGCUGGGAGGAGGAGGAGAAAAAGGUUAAAGUCCUUAGGGCAACAGUCAGAGGAAUACGAGGGUGUGGGAGGCAAGGUGUGAUCUUCAAAAGCACUUUUGUGUGUCUGUGUGUGCGUGUGUGUGUGUGUGUGUGUGUGCGUGCGUGUGUGUGUGUAUGUGUGUGUGCAGAGUCCAGAAGACUCUCUGAACUCCACGAUACUUUUCGCAUACUGUUAACAGUGUGUAUCCAUCCUUUCAUCUGUUUAUCCUAAUCACUCGUUCUUGCUUAUGCUGUUUAUCCCCUGUUCCCUGAGAGUCUCUCCCACCUUCUCUGUUUCUUCUGCUUUUCUUUGUUUUUUUUUUAUCCAUCAUCUUCCUUUUCUUUACCUGAUCACUGUGUUUCCAUAGCACCUUUCAUACAUAAAAAUGUUUCUCAACAGUAGCUUAAAAAUAAAUAAACAGGAUUAGCUGUCUAAUAACAAAAAAAGUUAAGGGCUAGAACUGACAGGUACAUAAGCCACACCUCCUUCACUGGACACAGGACACACCUCCUUCGGCUAACAGAUAUAUAAGCCACGCCUCCUUCACUGGAAUUGACAGGUACACAGACCACGCCUUCUUCACUGGGACUGACAGAUAAAGAGGCCACACCUCCUUCUCUUGGGCUGACAGAUAUAUAAGCCACGCCUCCUUCACUACGACUGACAGAUACAGAGGCCACACCUCCUUCUCUUGGGUUGAAAAACAAGUCCAAGCCUCUUUCAUUGGGAUUUACAGUAUGAUUGAUUUUGUAACGGUGAAUCUUCACGCCCCUACUUCCCUGACCUUAAUUAUUAAUCAUAUCACAUAUCUGUACCAGCGAAGCGUUUCCUGUACCUGUGCGACUCGCCAUCAAUCAUGAGCCUGUCACCAAAAUCAUGAAACCGAUCGACCUGCUCCUCUCACAAACAUGCAGAAUUAAUGACUGCAGCUUGCUUUGCUUGUUUAAUUUAGUCAUCAUGAGUUUCUGUGGCCUGAGGGAAGCUUCCUGCCUCUGCUGUACCUGGUGUAACUUUCACGCCAGAGCUUUAGCAUUUCUGCCGAGUUGUCAGCAAAGACCUUUAACUGUAGCACAAAGCCGGAGCUCAGUGGAGCUUUGUGUGAGCGUGAAUGUGUUUUACAGAGCCAGGAGCUAUACAAUUAUAAGCUUUCCAAACGCCAUAGAGACUUUUAAACCAACACUGGCUUUCUGGUGCAGCUUUAUGAUAUUAAAAGAGAGAGAGGAAUUGAUCUGAAAAGAAAAAUGUGGAGAAGUAGAUGUUUAUUUUCUGGCUGGGUUUAUCACAGAUGUUUCUGCUUUUUUAGCCUUUCCACUUUCCAAAACUGUGCCUGUCGACACAUGGCACUCCAUGUCUUUAAAUCUGCAGUGUCAUGCUCUUGAGUGGCAUGACUGUCCAAGCUUACCCACCAUUGCAAAAACUCAUAGUAAAAUCUCAAGAAUGUCAGAGCUGUACAUUUGAGAGAGAGCACAACUGUUAAAGUCAGUGGGAAGGACUGCAUUGUUUCCUGUAGUGAUGGAGAGACGAAGCAUCAGGACAUGUUGAAGCAGUCCAGCUGACAGUGCUGAAAAAUGGUUCAUUAUCUGAGAAUUCAAGUGUCCACUAGAGGACUCUAAUGGUCAAAAAAUAUACACCUGCAACUGUCAUUGGUGUAAUCCUGUCUGUAAGAUUAACAUCUACAGAGAUAUUUAAUACUAGCUUUGCCUGGACAGUGGUGGAGUUUUGUUUAAAUGGCACUGUAUGGGGUUAUACCUAUGAUGUAUAAAUAAGUUGUUCACAUAAGUUGUACCAUUGCUUGUUGUUUGGGGUGAUAGCGUCAAGCGUAGACCUUUUAUAGACCUAGUAGGGUAAAGAGUGCACACUAAAGGUACCGAAGGUUUGAUGAUACCACUUCGAAGAUUUAAAGGUGCAUUACGUAAAAUUAGUGAAAAAUAGGUCUCUAUUUGGAUUAAUGGGUGGAGUUGAAUAAGAGAUAAAUGGUUUUUUUUGUUUGUUUUUUUUACUGACUGCACCUGCUGUCAUUUCCAACCAUGUACACAAACCUUGUCCCCCAAAACCUAUGGUGGUGCAACUAGAGUUGGCAUGCUAACUAGAGUUAUCAUUAGCAAGGAAGGUCAUAACAUCACUUUCAAGCACACUCAGACAUUCAACUGCUUGAAAGCCAAGUUACUUAUAAUUCAUAACAUAUAAACCGGCAAAAUUCCCUCAUAAUCGUUUAAGGGGAUGUGAGGGGGCAUUGGGAGUGUGUCUAUAAAAUGACUGACAAGAGGCCAAUCCAAACAAAUGUUGGAGACUGGAAGGCAGGUUUCCAAACUGGGUUUUUAUCAUCUGUGUAAUUCACUUGUUCUGUGAAAAUGGCUUAAGCUAUUUUAUUCUAUUUUAUUUCAUUUCUACAAUUUUUCCCAAUAUUUGUUCUUACUUGUACUAGUAAGAAAUGAAAAAUAUUGACUACUACACCUUUAAGAUACAUAAAUAAACCAUUAUUAACUGUUUAGCUUUAAAGGUGCACUGUGUCCAUGUUUCCAGCUGAAAAAUAAAUAAGGUACAAACUAUAAGGGCCACAAGGAAAGGUACAGUCUAGUACUGUUUUGUUUCUGAGCGUGGAUGUCCUGUGCACCUUGUACAUUCAAUAAUAAAUAAGUAAGUUUCUGAUUCAGAGAGAGAGAGAGAGGUAGGAUUGGAUAGCAAAGCCUGCAGUAACUGUUGAUUUGAAUUGCAUUGAUUAUAUCAAAACCUGUCACGUCUUUAAACACCAGCCGGAUUGACCUUCUGCAUCCUGCAGUUAAAAUUUAUUGUCGUCCGAGGAGCUGUGAUAUUCUCUGACUUUCUAAGGCGUUCUCAAAGACGAUCUUGGUCCAUGAUGUCAUCCUGCGGACCACAGGCAAUUUGUGUCUACAGAAAAUAAAAAAAUAGUCAAUUAUGUUGCAUGCUCACGUCAUUACCCUGUAGGAUUGCUGGUUUGAGAAACAGCUCUCUGACUGUGAUCAUGCAGAAGCCGUUAUGACGGAGGGUGUGUUUUUUGGUACAGCGGAGAAUGUAAGCCUGUAAUAAAGUUAAUGAUAGAGGAUGGUUCUCAGGCUGCACACACCAUGAGUCAGGAACACACACACCCACACACACUCUGUCGGCCAAGGCAUGCUCAGAGCAUGAGCUCGUCCCGGGCCUAGGCGGCAUGUUGCCGUGGCAACAGCUCCGCUCCUGUGCGCCGGGUAGUAGCCGUAUCCCCCCACCUCAUUGUUUUUUUUUUUUUUUUUUGGCUUCUUCAGACCUUGUACAUGCACCGCCGUGCCUCAGUUGCUUCUCUUCUGGAGCAAGUGUCUGCGCGCAUCGUGCAGGAGGUGACGGCCGAGGCGGUCGCGGUACUGAAGGGAGAGCAGGAGCUCCAUCCAGGCACAGCUGUCCGACUCUCCUCAGUGGAAGACUCAGCCAAUUUGCCACCUUCCCCACCUCCAUCUCCUGCAGCCGAGCACUUUGGCCCUCUGGAGCAAGAUGUAGGGGAUGAGGAGGAGGCUGGGCCUCUCUGCCGCUUCCAAAAUUCUCGGGAGAGGUGCAAGUUCCUCGCCCCCUCCAUCUCAGUUUCAGUGCCCGAGGAUGAACCCUACUACUCUGACGAGGAGUACUAUGACCACCCCUUAUUCAGCCCUGAGUGGACACUCUCGGGCUCACGCCCUUCAGGGCAGGCCGCUGCCUUUAGCCAGAUUGAAGAAGAAGAGACCAUAGAGGCUCUCUCUGCAGCGGAGGAAGAUGAGAACAUUGCAGCGGCAGCAGCUUUAGAGGAGCAGGAGGAAGAGGAGGAGCAGUGGAGUGGGGAGGAGCCUGAGCAAGAACCCAUAUCCAAGCUCUUAGAGCAGGCAGAGGUGGUAGUCGGGGCCCAGACUUUGCCCUAUCUGCAGGCCGAGGACCAAGCACUUACUGCUGGCCCUGGAGCUCCUAACGGGAGCACUGAGGAGGCAGGGAGGGGCGAGUACCCUGAGAAAGCUGUGAAGAUGGACGCAGAAAAGCCAUGUGGAGAGAGGACUGCGCUGGUCAGCAUGGACUUCACUCAGUCAGAGGUGCACCCAGAGGAUCUUACCUCUUACCAGAGUGGUGUUCUUGACAAAGAAAUUCCAGAGACAUCGUCACCCAGCCUAAGUGACACAGAGGCUUUUGCUGUUUCUCCAAAUGGUCAGAGCCAUGCCAAAGAGCCCACAGUGUAUCCUGGUCAAAAGCCUGACUCACCACUCAAUAUUGAAAAGCAAGCUUCUACAGAUGCAGUUUCUUCUGACUCAAGUAAGUCUCAAACACAUGGGAAGCAAUUACUAGAAGUGGAAUCCAUAUCUACUGGAGACAAGCAGAUAGAUGUUACAGUAAGUGCCAAAAGUCCAGAAGUGCCUGGAAAAGAGUCUGCUAGCUUAGAUAAACAAGGAGAAGAAAUUAUGGACAAGUCUGGAAUGUCUGCUUAUUUUGAAACAACAACACUGAAAUCAGAGGAGACGAGGGGACAAGGUGAAGGUUAUUAUGAGCUUAGUACUGCAUCAGAGGAGACUAAGUCUGCCUCUGCCAUUUCCUCAGUUCCAGAAAUUAGCUACAGUACCCUGGCUCAAUCUCAGGCUAUAGAUGAAAAACCUGAAAGUCAAAAGGGUACCGAAGAGCAACAAAAGGCUCUCCCGUCAUCUGAAAAAAAGGAUGAUUGCAGGCUCUCUCCUGGAAAGCUGGCCUUGGAGCAAAGAAGUUAUUCCCUGAAUAUCACCAUUGGAGCUAUGGAUCAGAGUGGAGGACAAGGACGACCCAGAAACUUCUCCCCAUUAGCAACUGACAUUAUGUCUUAUACCAGUGGAAGCCUUGAUGAAUCUGCAGACUACCUUCCUGUCACAACUCCAUCAGUGGAGAAAGUCCCCUCUUUCCCACCAGUGAUCCUGGAGACAUCAGCCUCUGUCACCACUCCAUCAGCCUCUCCACCCCAUGACACGGUAGCUGACAUCAAGACCCCAAGUCCACAGCCUGAAUCCCCAGGUUCUCCCUUACCUAAUAAGUUCAACUAUAAAAAUGGUGCUGUGAUGGCCCAAGAUCUACCUGAAAUGCUAGACUUGGCAGGUACACGUACAAGACUAAUGUCUGAUAACACUGAUCCUGAGAUUAUAAGAAGGAAAUCAGUCCCUGCUGACAUGCCCGCCCUUGUGAGUGACUCCUUAGCCCACUUGUUUCAGGGUCAACGAGUUGCAAAAAGUGAGACUCAAUUGGAAGAACAUGGAUACUGUGUUUUUAGUGAGUACUCUGGUCCCAUGCCAUCUCCAGCAGAUGUGCACAGUCCAUUGGAUUCUCCACCAACACAAAUCUUCAACAGAAUGAUAUCAGAGGAGAAAGAGACAAUUCCAGCUGUAAGUGGACAGGACAGCCCAUCAUCUCAAGUUCUGAAAGAAGACAUUCCCCCAGACACAGAGGAAGAAAAGGAUACAAGAGAAAAACCGUGCAAGACUAAUGGUGCUGGGGCAGAGGACUCAAAACAACAAGUUGAAACUUUUGCCACUCCAACUGUUACUGUUACUUUGGAAGGAGUGAAGACUGAUCUUGAUGCAGAGGCCAAACUUGCAGCUGAAAAGGAGGCUGAAAUAGCUGAUUAUGAGAGGCAAAUUCGCAAGCUGGAAAUGGAAGACAGACCUUUAAGUGUUGAGGAGGAGAGGGAGCUCCAGGAGCUACGAGAGAAAGUGAAGAAUAAGCCAGAUUUGGUGCACCAGGAAGCCUAUGAGGAGGUAGAUGCUGAGGAUGUGUACCAGCUCACUGGAGUUGCCAAGGACAGGAUUGCUAGACCAAUAAGACCAUCACCAACAUCAUCAGUGGAGAGUGCUACUGAGGAAGAAAAAGUGCAUGUUGACACAGAGAAACCUAAACCAGCACAAGAUGGUCAGAAAGAAGAGCCUGUGAAAUUGUCUCCUGUUGAAUCUGUUGAGAAAUCCAGUAAAGAUGAUAAACUCCUAGAGCAAUCUGGCAAGGAAUUUGCAAAGGCAGAGGAGGCUUCUGUUUCCACUUCAGUGGCACAAAGUGCAGAAGAAGAAAUAGAACUAGCCGAGGAACCUAAGGAGUACAUGCAGGCAGAAAAAGCAGACAAGCCUACAGAUUUGCCAAAUGUGCCUGAGAUACCAGAGAAGAUUGAACCACAGAAGACUGAAAUAGUUAAGUCUGAAGUAAAACUGAGUGAAACAGUUGAAACAGAGCUUGUUGAGAAAGAUGAAGAGCCUGAAGUUGUUGGAAAACAUGUAGAGCCUAAAGUUGUCGAGAAAGAUGAAAAGCCCAAAGUUGCUGAAAAACACGAAGAGCCCAGAAUUGUUGAGAAACACAAAGCGCCCAAAAGUGUUGAGAAAGAUGAAGAUCACAAAGUUGUUGAGAAACAUGAAGAGCCCAAAGGUGUUGAGAAAGAUGAAGAUCACAAAGUUGUUGAGAAACAUGAAGAGCCCAAAGGUGUUGAGAAAGAUGAACUGCCCAAAGUUGUUGAGAAACAUGAGGAACCCACAAGUGUUGAGAAAGAUGAAGAGGACAAAUUUGUUGAGAAACACGAAGAGCCCAAAAUUGUGGAGAAAGACAAAGAGCCCAGAGUUGUUGAGAAAGAUGAAGGGCCCAAAACUGUUGAGGAGUAUGAAGAGCCCAAAGUUGUUGGGAAAGAAGAAGAGCCCAGAGUUGUUGAGAAAGAUGAAGGGCCCAAAGUUGUUGAGAAAGAUGAAGAGCCCAAAGUCGUUGGGAAAGAAGAAGAGCCCAAAUUUAUUGAGAAAGAUGAAGAGCCCAAAGUUGUUGAGAAAGAUGAAGAGCCCAGAGUUGUUGAAGAAGUUGAAGAGCCUAAAGUUAUUGAGAAAGAUGAAGAGCCCAGAAUUGUUGAGAAAGAUGAAGAGCCCAGAAUUGUUGAGAAAGAUGAAGAGCCCAAAUUUGUUGAGAAAGAUGAAUUGCCCAAAGAUGUUGAGAAAGAUGAACUGCCCAAAGUUGUUGAGAAAGACAAAGAGCCCAGAGUUGUUGAGAAAGAUGAAGAGCCUAAAGUUGUUCCAGAAGACAAAGAGCCUGAAGUUGUUGAGAAACAUGAAGAAACUGGACUUGUUGAGAAAGGUGAAGAGACUGGAGUUGUUCUGAAAGAUGAAGAGGAAGAGCAUGACGAGUUGGAAGGGGCAGGGGCAGCAGUACAAGAAACCAUAGAGCCCCGAGCUGCCAUUGAGUCAGUUGUAACAGUGGAAGACGACUUUAUCACUGUGGUUCAGACCAUCGAUGAACGAGAGGGACCUGGGCACAGUGUACGAUUCUCCACUCCUCCUGAAGAAGAACCACCUCAAAUGCUUCAAGAUGAAGAAGAGGAAGAAGAUUCUAUUGAAAUGGCUCAAGAAGCAGAGAUAGAGGCUGCUAGCCUGGAGGAGGUCCAGGAUGUUCCAGAAGCUGUACAGGUCCCUGUGUGUCCUCCAAAGGAGGUACCAGAAAGCGAGGGUCCCACUGAAAGCUACGAUGACUACAAGGAUGAGACUACUAUUGAUGACUCCAUCUUAGACAGUUCCUGGGUGGACACUCAAGAUGAUGAUAAGAGCAUGGCCACUGAGAAAAUUGAGCCUCUUCCGAGAAUGGCAAGCCCUGCCAAGAAACCCUUUACUGAGAAGCCGGUCAAACAGAAGCCUAAAGGAGGCAGAGCCAAAGGCCGAGUUUCCACUCCAGAACGCAAACCCAUCUGGAAAGAUCCAGGACCGGUCCAGAAAGAGGAGCUGAAGAAGAAAAAAGCUGUGAUUAAGAAGGUUGAGGUCACAAAAAAAUCUGAAAAUCAGAGCCGCUCUCCCUCCAGGAAGAGUGUUUUAAAGGCCGCCGUAAGGCACCCUAGAGCUACCCAACAUCACAUCUGUGCUAAGCGGAAACCCACAGUAUCAGCAGAUGGACGGCUGCCAUUCAGCUCAGUGCGACAUUCCAGAGACAGGGCAUCUACCCCCAGCCCAACAUCACUAACAAAGAUCCCCACCUGUAAAACCCGGGCGUCGGCUCUUCCCCAGCCCCGCCCUAACUCCACCUGCUCCUACAAUAAAACAAGCUCAUUGGUGGAGGCCGAUGGGCCCCGCCCCUUCUCAACAGGCCCUCAAGAUUCCCUCUCAAUUAACAGGAAUUUAGAAAAGGACGGAGGAUCUCGGAGCCCUGAGAAGAGAUCGUCUCUGCCUCGGCCGGCCUCCAUCCUGACUCGGCGUGCACACACCAGCGAACAAGAGGAGAGCUCAACCUCCAUCACUAGCUCUGGAUCAACAGCACCACGCAGGCCCACAUCUUUCCGUAGUGAAGUCAGAGCUGAACACAGGACAGGUCGAUCUGCCAGUAUGACAGGCAUAGAGUCGGUGCGUUCCCGCUCUGCUCGCUCCGGCACCUCCACUCCCCGUACUCCCGGCUCCACAGCCAUCACUCCCAGCACUCCACCCAGCUCGUCCUGUCGCACCCCAGGCACCCCGCGCACCCCGGGCACCCCCAAAUCCCUCAGCCUCCUUUCACAGGAGAAGAGGGUGGCCGUCAUCCGCACACCCCCAAAAUCUCCUGCCACGGCAUCCAAGCAGCUGCGUGUCAUCAACCAGCCCAUGCCUGACUUGAAGAACAUCAGGUCCAAGAUUGGCUCCACGGAUAACAUCAAGUACCAGCCUAAAGGAGGGCAGAUUCAAAUUUCAGACAAGAAGCUGGACUUCAGUCAUGUACAAUCAAAGUGUGGAUCCAAGGAUAACCUGAAGUAUUCGCCCCAUGGAAGCAAUAUACAAAUUCAAACAAAGAAGCUCGAUCUCAGUCAUGUGACAUCCAAGUGCGGCUCACUGGACAACAUCCACCACAAGCCAGGUGGCGGUAACGUGCGCAUUGAGAGUGUAAAACUGGACUUUAAGGAUAAAGCCCAGGCUAAAGUUGGCUCUUUGGAUAAUGCCCAUCAUGUACCAGGAGGAGGCAAUGUGAUGAUCGAGAGCCACAAGCUGAUGUUCCGUGAGACAGCGAAGGCUCGCGUGGAUCACGGCGCUGAGAUCAUUACUCAGUCUCCGGGUCUGUCUCCUCACCACAUGUCGUCAUCCGGCAGCAUCAACCUGCUCGAGUCCCCACAGCUGGCCACGCUCGCCGAGGACGUCACAGCUGCUCUGGCCAAGCAGGGACUCUAAAAAAAAAAAAAAAAAAAAAGAAAGAAAGAAAAAAAAAACCUUCACCAUCCUCCAUAAUGCCCAGCUACGUCAUCAGCUCCGCCCAUCUAUAUAUAAAUAUAUAUACAGCAAUCCCCUCUAGUGGUGUCGUAGUAGUGGCUAACGACCCUCUGAACGUUUCUGGGACACUGCAUUUCCCCCCGACAUCAUCUCAUCCACAUCACAGUCGAUAUCUGUCGCCGGAACGAGAGCAGCCACCCGGAGCUGGAGCGGACUUUAUCACGGAAGGAGGAGAAAUGGGUGAAAAAAUAAAGAAUUGUUGUUGGAUUUUUAUUCCUAUUUUAUGGUAUUUGAAUCAUUUUUAUUCUAGGAUUCCAGUUAAUUAGCUAGAAAGGUACCAGUGCUUUUAUUCUCCCUGUAUGCUGUGUGAUUUUUUUUCUUUCUCUCUCUCUCUCUCUCUUUUUUUUUUUUAUUACGGUGGUGUACAGAUGCUGAUCUCAGAUCAGGUUUAGCGUUAGGAAUAGAAAGAAGAAUGAUUUUGGGCAGCUGUUUCCUCCUCGUUCUUUUGCGCAGAGCCAGUGCAUGGAGUCCAAACCCCGCCUCCUGAAAAAAAAAAAUCGCUCACCUGACCAACAAAAUGAUAUACAAUGUAUAUUAAUAUAUGUAUAAUUAUGCCGAAUAUUUGUCAACAGCAUCUCUUGAUCAGAAAAUAAUAAUAAUUCUUCAAUAACGUAAUAUCUUUACAAACACAUUAUUGCAAAUGAAAAAAGGAAACAAUGGUGAUGCGCAUGUGUCAAUUCUAGUAUAAAAAGAGCUAUUUUCUAUUUCAAAUAUGGAUUUAGUAAGUUAUUUGCUGAGUCAUUGGAUAAAACGAACACUACAUGUUUUUAGCUAUUAGUCACGACGAUGUUAUGCUUGUUUGAUCAUUUUAAAUGACUGCGUUGGCUUUGCCCAGGGGUCCAGGCAUCAGACACACACUUUAGAUCUGCAGUUAAAGGAAUACUCCAGUGUUUUUCAACCUAAUCUCUAUCCAUCGUAUCUAUAGUGUGCAUGUGAUUACUACAGACAGGAGUUUCAACACGGUUUCUCUGCAUUGACAAAAGAACAAAAAAUCUGUUUACUCCAAACCUACUUAUAAUAGAAGUCUAAGGGCAGUUGCUGAAUUCAAACAAUGAACAUUUAAAUUGUCACUAUAUGACAUGAAUUAUAACACAAAAACUACAACAAUAGUUGUAACAAUAAGGAUAACGGUGUUAGAGUAGGACAGAUAAAGAGAAAAGUGAGAAAAGAGAAAAAGUUGCACCAGAACUUUCCAAUGAAUAUAGUAAAAAGUAGUUCUGGUUAAGUUUUGUGGUUUCCAUGUGUCAUUAAAACAAAAUGACAAAUCCAAACAACUCUUUAGACUAAUCUUGUAACGCAUGUGGAUCGAUGUUUCUUCAGUGUCCCAUUAACAGCUUGUCUACCUACCUGUAAUUAAUUCCGAAUUUUCUGUUUGACAUACAGCAAUGGAAGAAAAACCUAUAAUCGUGGUUUCAUCUUAUCCUCUCAUAUACAGUACGACCUCUCAUUAAACGCGUAUAGAGACAUUACGAAGAAAAAUAAAGCUUGGAAAGAGAUCAUUAGUGCCUCAGGUGAGUGUACAUAACUAGUACAGCUAGCUCGCUUUGCUAAUCUUCCAGCGGACCCAAUAUGAGUCCUGGAAUGUAACGUAAAUCAAAGAACCAAUUUUCACACUGAUUAGUCCAUUAUUCAAUUGGUGUUUAACUAGCUAGCUUUAGAAGCUACAUACUGUAUAGUUACGAAUAUUUCUCAUCGGAAGUAAAUAAAAAAUUCCACGUGGACAAGCCACGCCCUCAUACGACAACAGGAGCACUCGCUACACACCUACAGGAGACAAACUACAAGCAACGUGCAUGAUUUAUCGCUCCAGGGUUUUGGAUCCACCAUGACCCUGCUCAGGAUAAAGCGUUGACUGAAGAUAAAUUAAUCAAUAAAUGAAAAUUCGAUUACAUCUUUAUUCAUAAACACAGUUAAACAAAAAUCUGUUUAACAUUAAAGGUUUAUUGAAGAAAGAAGCAGCCUAAGCCCUUAGACAUCUAUUAUAAGUAGGUUUUUAUGGUUAUUUUUUUUUCUAAAACAGGGAAACGAGUCAAAAUUCUUGCAGGUGGUAACCACAUAUAUGGUUAGGUUAGGCUGAAAAUCAUCUCGAUCGUCUCUUAUUCCUUUAAGAGAAAGAUUAUUAUUCCUGAUUUGGAUUACAGUUUAUUGUUAUAACGGAAAAGCUACAUCACUGUCUCUCUCAGCUUAGUGCAGAUUAUUGGAAAGUAAUGAUCAUGUAUUAUAGUCACUGCUGUCCCUCUACAUCACAGUGCAGUCGUUGCCUCUGGGCAUGUGUUUGUCCAAGAAAGCUUUUGCUUGUUAUUUUAUUAUCCACUGUAUGGAGCAUAAACUCGGGACUCUCAGUCACACCCUCUGUACUCUGCCGUGUUCUUCUUAGAUACUUAGGUUUGUUUUACAUGUAAUUGUAGGAGGUGGAAAUAAAGAGACAAAAAAAAACAGUACAAAAUUAAUGUAUAAAAAAGAGAAAACUCACCUUGCACAUGUUUGAAGUGCUCCAGUAUCUUUUUUCUGUCGUCAUUUGUGGUAUCCCGUGUUUUUCCCCUUCUUCGUUUUUUGGCUUCUGUAUUUUUCUGCACCCUGUUUGCCCUUCGCUCACUCCCACAGCAACUGUAAAUCUAUUUAAAAGGUCCUGUAGAUGUAUGCAGUUUUUCUCCUGUUGAUAUGACGCUGAUUACAAAUGCUCUUAACAGCUACGAAAAUAAAGAAAAUGGACGAAAACAAG